AUGUUCGGCGUGCACCAGACACGUCACUUAUUGCGAUCCAUAUCCACACAGUCCUCGAAGGGCCACCUUCGCGUCGUCAGAGCUUGGAAUGUCGACAACGCGUGUCGGUUUCAUAGCAGCAGUGUAAGAAACGCUCCGGAGCCCUUUGAGAUUCUAUUCUUGGGCCGCGAUGAGUUCUCCUGCAUAGUGUUAGAACAGCUGUACGGGGCAAGAGACGUUUGGCAACAGAUCUCCAUCGCGACACAUCCAGACGCAAAGGCCGUACGCCGAGCGACGCUGCACACUGUCUCUCCACUGAAGCUACUCGGUCAGGAAUUGGGCCUGUCUGUAAAUCAUAUUCCAGAGGACAAGGCCGACUUCAAGCAGUGGCAGCCUCCAGUGCCGUUCAAUCGUCCCCCCGCCGGCCCUUCCAAUCACCUGCUCGUUACGGCUUCCUUUGGCCGCAUUCUUCCCGAUCCGCUUCUGAAUCUCUUCGCGCCUUCCCGUCGUUUGAAUGUUCACCCCUCCCUCCUCCCUGCAUACCGCGGAGCAGCGCCUAUUCAGCACGUAAUCAUAAAUGGAGAGAAAGAGACCGGUGUGUGUGUCCUCGGGAUGGUGGAAUUGAGCAAAGGCCUCGACUCGGGCGAUAUUUGGGGGAAGGAGACGGUGCCGAUCCCAGAGGGCUCGUCGUACGGUUCUCUGCGCGAUACGCUCGCACGUGAAGGUGGUUCUCUAUUAGUUUCCGUCCUCCGCGACAUGCUCGCCAAUAAGGCCUCUUCCACUCCACAAGCAGUCGAUCCCACUCGGCCUCGCGCUAGCAUGAUCACAAACGAUACCGCGCACGUCGAUUUUACCACGCAGACGGCAGACGUCAUCGCACGCAUCGACCGCGCCAUUUCCCACCAGCGCGAGCUCAAAGCCUACAUCCCGCGCAAUGAACGAUCGAUCAAGCUCCAAGACUGCAGCGUCUUUGAGCCGUCCGCGCUCCGGCAAGGAUUUGUGCUGCCUGAGACGCCUGGGGCGGCACGGUUUGAUUCUACGACAAAGACGAUGCUCGUGCGGUGUGCGGGCGGGACAGUGUUGAGCGUGUCGAAGUUGAAGAUGCAGAGCCGUCCGUUGUUGCUCGCGAAGGACUGGUGGAACGGGACGAAAGAGUGGAGAGAAGAGGAUGGUAGCAUUCUGCUUACACACCUUGAGCUUUGA